UACGACCAAAAUUCUUAAAAAAAAGAAAAACGACCAAAACCCUAAAGUCCCACGACUCCGGCGGCCCGUUCCUGUCGCCACUCCGCAGGCGCUAUUCCUCCUCCGCAGGGAAGCUGCGCCGCCGCACGCCCUUUCCACCUCCGCAUCGAACGCUAUUAGGCGAGGAGCUGCAGCCGCCUGCUUGCAACCGUCCACUCCCAGGACGCCGGCGUCAGGAAGGCUGAGUCAAGCCGCCGCCCUAAGCUAAUCCGCAAGAUUCUGUUUACCCUCCAGCUCAAUGCCUAUUUGCUUGUUACUGAGAAAAGUGCUCUUCCGGCACCACACGAGGGGAUGGAUGACUUUCAGUUUUCUUGAUUUCUUCAGCACGGUGCAACCAAAGGUUGCUACAGUCGGAAUUGACUUUGGAUGCAAAAAUUCAAGAGUUGCAAUCGUAGAUUCCUUGAUUGUGUGGAGGGUAAUCAUUGUUGUUGCGAAGAGUGCGAGAACUACCACAACCUUGGACAAGGUGCCAGAAGUUGUUCCUAGUGAAACUGGAUGUUCAAUACCAUCAUAUGUUACUCCAAUAGAUCCGAAAGAUUCUGAUGGAUAUGGAUGGGCUCUGCAACAAUUGGACCGCCUUGGCAAAUGUGUUGCGGUUGGAGAACUUGCGAAACGCAGAUUGUCGAGACAGCCUUCAGAUGUUGUCUUCAAUAUUAAAAAAUUGGCCGGGAAGCAAUUUGAUGACCAUAAUGUCCAAGAAAUGAGAAAACGAGUCCAUUUUAGCAUUGUAGAAGGGGAGAGAGGAGAGGCUUGGGUCGAAAUUUGCAGAAUGAAAUUUUCUCCUGUUGAAAUUGCCAGUGUUAUUUUUGCAAGACUGAAAGAUAUAAUUCUGAUGCACCAAUUUCAUCAUGAAUUUAAAGUGGUGAUAAGUGUACCAAUUUUCUUUAAUCAGCAACAAAGGAAGGAGAUAAUGUUGGCAGGACAUAAAGCAGGGUUAGAAAUAUUGCAAAUAAUCGAUGAACCAAUAGCAGCUGCUCUUUCCAGUACAACAAUAAAAGAAGGUACCAUUGUUGUUUUUGACAUGGGUGCAGGAUCAUACAAUGUCUCAAUCCUUGGUGUGUCUGGCACAAAAAUUGAGAUCAAAACUCAAUUUGGUAACCCCUGUGUGGGUGGGGAUCAAUUUGACGAUAUACUUCUGGACUAUUCUGUGGCACAGAUCAGGAAAUUUUAUUCAGUUGAUGUUUGUGGAGAUAAAUAUGGUAUGAUGUUACUUGCUGAAGCAGUGGAGCAAGCUAAAGUGGCAUUAUCAAGCCAACAUGAAGUCACAGUUUCACUACCUUUCAUCAUUUCAUCCGCUAAAUGUCCUGGUGAUCCUAACAUUUCCAUUUCUCGGGCAGAGUUUGAGAACUUGGGUGUUAACUUGGUAAAACAAAUUCGAGAUAAGUGCCAGACACUUCUAGCAGAGGCUAACAUUAGUAGCAAUGAUAUUGAUGAAGUUAUAUUGACUGGGGGAAUGACAAGAGUUCCCAUGAUACAAAAAAUUAUUUUUGAUGUCUUUGGGAAGCAUCAGGCCACAAAGGUGAACCAUGAGGAAGCUGUGGUUAUUGGGUCUGCAAUACAAGCUUGUCUGAUUGUAGAACAUCAGCGACAGAUUAGUGAAGACAUCAUCCCACUCUCUAUUGGAAUCGAGUCAGAAGGAAUUUUUGUGCGUGUAAUUCCAAGGCACAGCACAAUUCCAACUAAAAAAACAGUAAAGAUUCCUGCAUGGCGUGGGUACGGUGAGUCCCUACCAAUCAAUGUUUAUCUUGGAGAGCAUGUCCUCGUUCAACAUAAUGUGUUCUUAGGAGUGGUAGAAUUGAUCAAUAAUCAACGCUCAUGUCAAGGAUCAAUUUAUUUUGAAUUGACAUUUGAGGUUGAUAAGGACUAUGUGGUUAAGGUAGGCGGCAGAAAUUUUGGUGAUCAGCACGAAGCUGCCUAUGAUUUGGUGAAACCAUUAAAGGUCUUCCCAGUGCGUGAGAUUGUGAUGUGUAAACAAAGCGUUGAUAAGGCUGUCAAAAGUGCUUUACUUGACUGGACAAUGCAUGGUAUAGACUUCCGUGCUCGUUUGAUACGUCAAGCAACAUAUAUUGUGAGCACCCUUAGUGAUGUCUUGUCUGCUAGGAAGGAUGAAGUUCCGAAGGAUCUCUUUGAAGAGGCCGCAAAGUCUUUAACUAAUCUGCUAAUGACAUUGGAUGGAGAUGCUCAUGUGUUGAACGAAAAGAUGCUUGCUGCUGAAUCAGCGAAAUUAAAGGUGCUGCAAUGGAUGCCACCAUCAGAAUCUCCUUGUAGAGAUUAUUCAGAUUAUGAAGACUAGAGUACAAACCAUCUUCAGACCAGUAAGCUACGACGGUCGCUAAGUUGCAUGUUGUAAUGGAAGUUCGCAUGUUAAGAAGCGUACUUACCGUGGUUAACUUGCAUUUCAUUGAACAUUUUAUGUUAAAAAGUUACGCUGGAAGUAUGCUGCUAUGCCACCAACGUUGAAACAAGAUUGAGAACUCUUGCUAAUCAAACCCUAAGGCCUUGUUUGCGAGCCCAGUAAA